AUGCCUAUGUCGCCUCUAUCUUACGCUACGGACUGCUUCUCUGGGGAAAUAGUGUUGAAAAGCCAGACACAAAGCAAAGAGGAGAAGGCAAAAGAAAAACUGUACAUUCCUUGCAAAGGCUGCAACAAGGUGUUUCACUCUAAGAAGAGCUACCGGGCGCAUGUGGUAAUCCACAACGGCCUAACAUAUCCGUGUCAGAUCUGCGGCAAACUCUUCCAAUGGAAACGCAACUUGGCGCGUCACACUCGUGCGCAUCGAGAAAGAGACGCAGGCGCUACUUACGAAUGUCGCGCGUGUGGAAAGAGCUUCGCCAGUAGAGACUGUUACAACAACCACAUGCGACUGAGCAAGCGGCAUGUGGCCGAGGAAGCGUUGGCUCACACUUGCAACUACUGUGGCAAAAAGUUCGCGACGAAAUACUGCAUGGUGGACCAUAUCGACUGGGACCAUUUGAAGAGGAUCAAAUACCAGUGCAGCGUUUGUUUCAAGGCGUUCAAAACGGCCAAAAUAAUGGUGGCGCAUAUGAACAACAUACACGGAGGCAAGAAGAGUAAGGAACCAGAUGGACAGCAUCUGUGCGAGAUUUGCGGGAAGUCUUACAAGUCCGUGAAGCGCCUCAAAGGCCACGUGUGGGCAAUGCACACGAACCGCUCUUCGUCCAAAAUCUUCAAGUGCAAGCUGUGUCCAGCUACGUUUUUGUGGCAAACCUCCAUCUACAAACACGUCAAGAUGAUGCACGGCGGCGCCAAGCGAGCCAAGCAAACGCGGACAAUGCCAACCAAGAAGCAAGAGCCCUACCCGGAAAUCGAACUGACGAACCGCAUGUACUUCCAGCCCAAUAUGGCCGCCGGGAUAGUGCCCAGCAUUGGGCAAAUCCAGCAAGUGCCUGUGGGCAUUGUGCAGAACAUUGUUGUAUAGUAAAUAGUGUAGGCCAAAUUGUCUAUGGUAGAGGGCCGCAGUGGAGACUAAAUGACCUGAUGAUGAUGAUGAUUAUAUUGUAUUGAUAGUUGUUGCAAUGAGGGCUAUCGUUU